AUGGUUAUUUUUCGUCAAGUUAUAGCUGAAAAAAAUGAAAAGUUGCUGGAACUUACCAAUUUGAAUCUUAGCAGUUUGAUUCGAAUAAUGGAAAACGGUGGUUAUAAUGUUGUCAGUUUAGCCAAAGAUCGAAUUCUUUACUUCGACAAAGAAAAUCCAUCGAGAUACAAAGAAAACGAUCUUCAUGUGUUAGCAAAUAGUGAUGAAAUGUUUGAUCAGGUCAUCUUAUUCAAAUUAGAACCGUCAAGAAUCGAAGCUGCAGUUGAAAGAAAAGAAUAUCUUUUGCAACAUAUGUUUAUCGAAGCCAAGACACCUGAAUCAACAACAGAAACACUUUCAUUAACCACCAAUGAAUAUAAGUCAAUCAUUGAUAAAAUUGAUCAAAUCGCUGUGCGACUUCCAGAGAUCGAAAUCAAGUCUCCAAUUAAUUCCAGUGAAGAUCCAGAUCGUCAACUUCCGUUAAUUGAGAACAUUAUGAAUUUAUUUUCUGAUCAUUUCAUUGACAAAUUAGAAGAUGAUUAUGCAUCUAUACAAAAACAGGUUAAUCUCGAGCAAGCAGCCGAUACUUCAUUUGAUUCCAAUGAAGAAAAACAACUCUUGCAUUAUGUACAAAUGACGUUCAAUAAUCAACAAUUGAUUUUGAAAAAAGUGCGUAAAUUUUGA